UUGUACUACAUGGGUUUUGAAAUCACAGCAUUUAUUGGACGUUUUAUCUCAAUAUUAAGUUAACACAACCUGUUGUAGUACUUGAGGUAAUUUAUUUUCGCGACAGAUUGCAUAAAACAUCGCAUUUCAACGUAUUUUCAGGAUACUCUAUAAUUUUAUAAGUGAUCAAAUGCUAAAUGAUUCGGUAAACCAUACUGAAUAUUGUUCAUUUGUCAUAUAAGGUGAUGGAUAUGAUAUGGUGUACGUGAAAUUAACAUCGUGCAGGUUUCAGGACUGAAAGCAUGUCCAAAUCAGCCUCUAAGAAUGGCUACGACCGGGUCCCCCUGGUUUCUGCCACUCAUUCCGAUUCUGAAGAAGACACUGGACCGGUCUCUUAUAUAGCACUCAACAAAAGAUACCGCCAACGAUCCCGCCAAAAGCCACUUAUGGUUGUGGGUAUCAUUAUAAUUAUAGUACUUCUGUCGGUUAUUACUGCUAUGUGUUACGUAUUAGUGAAGCGGUCUAACACCACCAGUAGUACGACCAUCACGCCAACUGCACAUGGAGCCAAGCUGGAUAUGUCCGCUCCAGUGGAAGAAAUCACCACAACUAAACGGGCUGAGGAAAAUCUGAAACCCCAGACUCAAAACUGGAAGGUUACCUUUAAAGAAUUUGGUACAGAGAGUGUGAUGAGGCUAAUCGAUAUCGACGGAGAUGGAUUACAGGACAUAGUUUUUGGUGCCGCGACCACUGCAGAUCUCGCCGCCAUAUCUAAUAUAGACUCAAACGGAAGUUUGAGGGCCUUCUGUAAAGCAUCAGGAAGGACGUAUCCAUGCAUUGGAACUCUCUUUGGAAUGAGGGGAUAUGAUGGAAAAGUUCUUUGGAAAAUCCCCACAAGAUCCGGGGCUUUACUAAAUAAUUGUGAAGAUUUCGACCUAAAUUUAGAUGGACACAUAGACUGUGUCAUUGGAGGACGCAGCGCCACGAUGGAGGCGGUUGAUGUCAGGAAUGGAAAGCAUCUCUGGGAAGCAAGUUCGCCAUUUUUUACGAAGAUCUGGAAUUUCUAUCAAGCAAUGGCACUGCCUGAUUUUAAUGGAGACGGCGUCAAAGAAAUAUUGGUGAUGCAUGGCGGGGACCCUAAUAUAGAUGCUGAAAACCAUGAUCGGAAGUCGGGUCGAUUGAUUAUGCUGGACGGGAGGACGGGUAAGGGUAUGGGGAUCCGCUGUCUAGAAAUGCCAAACAAUAAAGAGAGCUACCAGAGCCCUGUAGUGUACACCUAUAGGGACGGAUCACAGUAUAUACUGUUUGGGAGUGGCGGAGAAACGGUACCCGGUGACUUUAUGAUCAUUUCCUUACCGGAUUUUUACCGAUAUGUUAUGGGACUACCAAAAGACGCUAGUGUUCCUAAAACAAGAGGGUCGUACGACCAAUGGCAACACAUACCAAGGCAGCCCGAAACAGGCAUAAUGGUUCUUUUCACAGGUGUGAGGAAGGGUGUGAUGGUACCGCCCCUAAUGACGGAUAUAGACCGUGACGGUAUUGAUGACAUUGUGAUGUCGGCUUACGAUGGAAUUGUGAUGCUGCUAGACGGCAGAACAAUGAAAUCCAAGUGGAGAGUGGAAUUUCCUGGAAUGGAAUCUUACAGUACGCCUGCCCCUGGUUACUUUGAUGACGACAAUAUAUUGGACUUCAUGGUCCAUUGGAGCACGGGUGCCUGGCCAAUAUACAACGCAUCAGAGAAAGUAAUUAUUAACGGUAAAGACGGAAGCAUCAUUUGGCGGUCUGCAAUGAAGAAUUACGAGAUGUCGUCUGACCUGACGUUGCAAACGACAGAACCUUACCGUGACCUUUACCUGUACAAAACUAAAGGAAGGGGUGCGCAUGUGUACAAAGACCUGACAGGCGAGAUACACGGUGUCGGCGUCCAAAGAAAUAUUUCAGUAAUUCCUAAAGGCAAGUCAAAGAACGAUCCUAAAGAUGACCUAAUAUACAAAGAUUUUGUGAAGUUCCAUUUCCGGUGUAAUACCGGGGUAGACAUUAAAUCUGAGGUUUUUGUAAUGGAUAGAACUAUAGCAGACACACCUAUUAAAGUAAUGGAAUCGUUACCUGAGGAAUUCCACUACCAUCCCUCAGUGAGUUGGAAAUCGGGGGCAAAGAAUAACAGCCUUAAUUACUGCUCCGUAUUAUUUCCAGAGGAUAGAACCACGCCUGCUGUGGGUGAUGUUGAUGGGGACGGUACCCUUGACCUUGUGAUCCUAGUUAGUCAUUCCGGACAAAGAGUGGACCAACACUACAGCUACGACUCCAUGAUUUAUCAGACCACUAUACAUAAAGUAAACUUACACCCCAUUAUAAAGAAUCCAGAAAGCAGAACUCCCAUGAAAAUCCAGACGACAUUACCCCUGGAUCGUUACCGCCUAGAAAAGGAUGUCUCUGACCUAGAAUUACUUCCUCUAAACCAACAGCAAUGGUUGGCAUACUUUGGAACAAAAGAAAACGGUCAUUUUAAAAAUAAAAGAUAACAUCACUA